AUGACUGAAACCGAUCAAAACGAUCAAAACGUUUCAAGCAAUAGUGAUAGUAAACGUAUGUCCAGAACGAGGUCCGUUAUAGGUCCGAGACCAUUUCCUUCCAGUCAUUCUCUGAGGAAGAAAAACAACGAUAGAGUGUCUGAAGAUUAUUCAAACUCUUUGACACCAGAACAAUCUCGUUCGGGAACACCCGAUCAACCCUUUCCACCUUUGGUUUCACCUAAACCACAAAAACCUAUGCCUACA